GUAAGAGAGAAGGAGAGUGCUAGAGAGAGAGAGAGAGAUUAGCGGAGGAGAGCGCAUGCGGCACACUUGUACAUCAUUGCACGUGCGCACACAUCUCAACACAUCUGACACGUGCGCUUGCACACGUUUACACGCUCUCGAGCACGUACAAUUCACAUUCUCAUAGUGAAGAUGUGGUUGCUCGUCGCUAUCAGUGUUUGCUGCCGAGUUGACGGUGUGAACCCGAGACGGAAAAGGGAUUAGUCGCAAUCUGAACGCGGCGUUGAGCGCUUCUUCUCACGCUCGCUCAAAUCAUUUUCGGGAGAAAAAAGAAAUUUUUAUUUCAAUACUCGAUAGAAAAAUUUUAUUUUUCCCUCACUCUCUCUCUCUCUCUCUCUCUCCAAAGUAUUUUCUCCUCUUUUUCCCUUCCACUCUCCUUAUUUUCUUCACUCUUCAAAAAAAAAAAAAAAAUGCUAAAAAUAAAAUACGCGCCAAAGUAUUUUUAAUUUUUUUUCCUCUUUUAUUUUCUUCUAAUGGGAGGAAAGUCGGCGCCAAGAAGAUCGUUUCGAAAACUUAUGAUUGUGAAUUACUUGAGAAGCAAGAGUGAUCUAUAAUUAUAUGGUCUGUGUUUAUAAUUAAACCCAGACGAAUGUUUCUUGAAUUUUUUUUACUCGCUCUCUACGGAGAAAUGGAUUAUUUUUGUUCUUAGUAGUUGGUGAAUUUUUUCCCCCUCUUUUCCUUUUUUUGGUUUUGAUUAUAAAACGUCUUAUUCGAAAGUUCAUACAAAGCUCAAUUGAUGGGAUAAUUAACAUUGAGUGAGGAUGAUCGAGUGAUUAUUCACGGGUGGGAAGUGUUGAAGGAACUGGAGAGGGAACGUUUCCGUUUCUAUUCACUUUUUGACCAAUAAAAAAGUGAUAGCGGUCAAAAGGAAAAUGAUAAUAGUGUGAAAAAUAAAUUCUCUAGUGAAAUGACAGUGUUGUGCAUUUUUUGGGCGACAUUGUCGACAGUCGCUUCUAUUCUUGCAUGCUCUGGAUUUUAUUUGCCUUAUUGGAUUCAGGGACGACUUCUGGGGAAAGCAGACGCUUAUUUCAAUUCAUUUCGGCGCUGUAAUUAUCCUCGAAUCAGAGCACCCAACGCUAUUCCAGAAAUAGUAUAUGAAUGUGCAAGGUACUCCAGUUUUUGGGAUAUUCCAAGUCCAUGGUGGCAAGCGAGCACAGUGACUAUUGGUCUGGGAGUUGCUAUUGCUGUGAUUGGAGCGCUUACGCUUUUGGCAGCGGCGUCCUCUUUUCUUCCACAUGUUCUUAAGACUCCGAAGCAUACUCGGGCUCUUGGAUCUCUUCAGCUUUUAUCUGCAGUGAUGAUAUGCGGGGGACUCGUGAUGUACCCAAUUGGAUGGGAUAACCGAGAAGUCAGAGAAUCCUGCGGCAGAUCCGCAAAUGUCUACAAUCUCGGAAAGUGCUCGGUAUCUUGGUCGAGUCAUCUCAUGGUUGGUUCUGUGGCUUUACUUAUGCUGUGCUUUGGUCUGAGUUUUUGUGCUGCUCGACAUAAGCCUUCUCAUCCACACACGGAUCCCCUGCGCAUUUGACAAUCAAGGUAUUCGCAAUCGAUUCACGCGUACUCAUCACCAAAGACAACAACCACCCUUUCAUUCGUCACGGUCUGUUGAUCCUGAAAUCUACGAGGGACACUUUUUUCGACUUUUCAAAAAAAAAAAAAAAUAUCCUCCAACACGCUCUACUUUUUAAAGCGGAUUAAAAAAAAAGUAUUCCAAACUCGCAUUUUUUUGCGGCUAAAAAAUUCAAACUCGCAUUUUUUUUGCGGGUGAAAAAUUCGAGAUAGUAUAUAAUAGAAUUCAACUGCGUAAAAUGAGAAUAGAGAAAAGUUCGUGACAAUUCUUUUUCGCACAAUCGUUGUGCGCGCGCGAGUAUUUUGUCCAGGGAAGCGUUGUUACACGCGGUUUAGAUUGCAAAUUAGCAUGCGACCAAAAUGCGAUUCAAUUUAAUCGCAGACUGCUAAAUCAAUAAGUCAGUAUCGAUUUGUCAAUGAAAAUUAUUUAUGAAUUACAACCGCAUUGUAAUCGAAAAAAAGAAAUUAUUUCCAGAGAUAAAAAAAAAUGAAACUACGAUGGUUAUCUUUGAAUGUUGUAUAGAUUUUUUAAAAAAAAAUAGAAGGAAAUUUUUUCAAAAAAGUAUUUCAAAUAUGUCCAUACAAAAAGGAAAAACUGAAAUUCACAGUCUUCGAGAUAAAAGCGGUAAAAGUAAAAUAGCAAUUGUAUGAAAGAAAUUUGUUGAAAUUGAAAAAAAAUAUUUGUUUAAAAAAUAUUGGAAAAGAAACUUGUUUACAAAAUAUUGAAA